AUGGGCUGCUGUAACAGAAGGCGCGCGCUGAUAGCCGGAGCUGUGUUUGGGGCGGUGGUAGCCAUCCUGGGAGGCAUCCUGAUCCCAGUGGGGGACAUCAUCAUUGAGGGGACAGUGGAAAAGGAAGCCGUCAUAGAGCCCGGAACGACAGCUUAUGACAACUGGAUGUCUAGUGGAUCAGCGGUGUACAGGCAGUUCUGGCUGUUUGACUUAAAAAACCCAGUGGAGGUUUUGGAGUACGGUUCACCUCCAGUGGUCAUGGAAAAAGGACCUUAUACGUAUAAGACAAGAUAUCUUCCCAAAGAGAACGUCACAUUCAACCCUAAUCACACUGCCUCCUUCCUGCUGCCUGUGGGUGCCAUCUUCGAGCCGACCAUGUCAGUGGGAUCAGAAGAAGACAUGGUCACCUCCCUCAACCUGGCAGUUGCUGGAGCGUAUUCACUGGUUCCAAAACCGUUUCACAGUGUUCUAGAGAUACUGAUAAAGUCGACCAACUCGUCCCUGUUCCAGCAUCGUUCAGUCAAAGAAAUGCUGUGGGGCUACCCAGAUCCCAUACUCAAAGAAACUCUGGGCCUAUUUUCACCUUACAAUGGUACUUAUGACGGCACCUUCAAUGUCUUCACUGGAAAGGACGACAUCUCGAAAGUGGGAAUAAUUGACAGGUGGAAGGGAGAAAAGAAGUUGUCCUUUUGGAACGACACGUAUUGUGACAUGCUCAACGGAACAGAUGCUUCCUUCUUCCCACCCUUUCUAGACAAGAAGAAGCCUAUCUAUUUCUUCUCUUCAGAUAUCUGCAGGUCUGUGUCGGCCAGCUAUGAGGAAACUGUGAAUCUGAAAGGGAUCGAUGUAUACCGCUACUCCCUUCUCCCAUCCACCCUGGCGUCCCCCGUGGACAACCCAGACAACCAUUGUUUCUGCAGAAGCCAAGAGGUCACCAAGAAUUGCACCGUGGCAGGAGUACUGGACCUCGGCUCCUGUCAAGAUGGAAGACCUAUCUACAUCUCUCUGCCUCACUUCCUUCAUGGCAGUAAAUCCCUGCUGACGGCCGUGAAGGGCCUCAACCCCAAUGAAGAGGAGCAUAAAACCUUCUUGGAUGUCGAACCUACCACUGGGUUUACCCUGAAUUUUGCCAAGAGAAUUCAAGUGAAUAUGAUGUACGGGCCAUCAAACGUCAUCACGGUGCUUAAGAAAGUCAAAGAUUAUACCAUAUUCCCUCUCGUUUGGAUGAAUGAGACGGCAAUGCUGGAUGACGCAACGGCAGAAAUGUUUAAGAAGGAACUCAUCUCCCGUAUCGAGAUGUUGGAGAUAAUACAGGAAGUGCUGUUGGGUGCAGGUGUGGCCAUCUUCGUCGUGUGCCUCAUCUCCUACUUCGUGGUGAGGAGCAGGAAUAAUAACCAAAGCAAGCUUGCGUGAACCGGUCAUGCAAUCGACUGUUUAUUGUAUGUAAGAGCACAGUGCAUUCAAGCUGCUACGGGACGUCAGACCUUUUGAUAUAGACUUGCACUUUUUGUAAUUUCAGUGUUAUUUAUAAUGUCAUACCUCCUUUGAUACCAAGGGAGGAAUACUGUGAUUUUGUAAAGCUCGAGAGCUGAAUUCCUUUGCCAAGUACUAUUAUUUAAUUGCAAACACUGUAACAUUAAAUCAAUCAGGGAUUUCUAGAGGGAGAGCAGGUGAAAACUCCUCUUAACUGUCAUGUAAUCCAUUAGAUCUCUGAGAAGAGAGAAAUGGGUUCGUUCGACAUCCUAUGAAAGAAAUGUACAUGAAACUGUUAUUGCGCGAAUGUUCAUAUCCUCUGCUGAACUAGUGUGUUCUACAUGAAUAAAAUCUGAAAACGUGAGUUUUUCAUUGGGUGUCCUAUUCCUAGUAUCGGAUUGUUCGAACCCAGCACAACGAUAUCUAACUGGUUUUAAACCCUCCUCAGCUGAAAAUACAGGUCAGACUGUCCCGCUGCUGUUACAAAUCUCUGCAUUGUACGCACUUUCCUCCUUAUCUUGAGAGGCCCAUAAAUCACAACGUGUAAUAAAGUAGAGCCGGGGGAUGAUAAUGCUGUGUUAUGAAUGGUACUGGAGUUUGUUUGGUGAGAAAGCAGUAUUUCUGCUCAGCAGGAGACCACUCCUCGGUUUUAUGGGGUUUAAAUGACCCUCAGCAGCCUCCUAAGGGUGUCUUUGAUUCUACUGUUGGACCUGAAUCUUACAUGUCACACAUGUAAGAGAGUGUUUUACUGAAAUUUAAACAGACUUGGUGCUCUGUGUGGGGAUAUUUGAUUUGCGACCUAAGGGUACGCCACAUAUCUGGGUCUUGACAUUUGAAAUUUAGGGUACACAUUUUUGCUUAAAAACUUGAACCCUGUGAGGCUUCCACAUAUUGUUAAACCCACUCAAAAUACGCCUUUUUGCUUUCUUGACAAGUAUUAGAUGAGAAGAUUGAUGCCACUUACUCGCCUGUACUAUGAAUUUGACGCUACAUCAAACAGCUUGGGAGCUAAAUUUAGCAAAAAGACUGGAAACAGGGAAGCAGCUGGUCUGGUUCUGUGAAAAGGACAGAAACUCAGGCACAAAACCCUCAAUAAAGCCACUCUAGUGUUUUUACACUUCAGCUUUUGUGCACAGAAAUAACACUCAGUCUGUUCAUUGGGCAGACUUUACUACCCUCUGACAGAGCCACGCUACACCGGAUAUAAAAAUGGGCAAACCCUCUAUGACGUUUCAUAAGAGGGGGUUUUGAAGCUCAGUGUGGUGGCUCAGGAUGUGUCCAUCUGCACCUCGUUCUGACUAACUUCUGGCUAAUCCAAAAAUGAGCAAAGAGGCGGGGGAUGACGAGAGCCAUUCAAAUAUCUCUGGGCCAUUAACUCUCAGAUGUCACUGUCACUUAAAGCAGUCAUACCCUGAAUUAUGCAGAACUUUAAGCCUUAAUAAAAUUGACACAGGUAAGUGAAUAAACAUUCACAUUCCAUGCAUGAACAGAGAAAUUAUCUAUAUAGACAUACACUGUCUUGGACUAGGUGGAAACACAUUUCUUCUUGUUGUAAAGUUGGGCACUUUAACAUGGGGGUCUAUGAAGAUUAACACACUAUAAAACCAGCCUCAAGUGGCCAUCUGAGGAACUGCAACUUGGGGUCUGAGCUCAGGGUUCAAAGCCACCAUGUAUUUAUCUUUACUACCACAUCAUAAUGUCUCAGUUGUUUCAAGCACUAAAUCUACAACAUACCGAAAGCUUCUAAACAAGAAUAUUUUACAGAAAGUAUUUAUCGUACUCAUGGUGCAAUGCACUUCAUCUCAUUCAUUAGCAAAAUAAAUAACAAUACAACUGUUUUACAUUUGCAAGCACAUAGUUUAUUGGCCUCUAUUUUAAAUUGCUAAAUUGAGUUGAAAUAAUGAUUAAUGGAUGAUUGGACGUUCAAAAAUGUGCCCACACAGAAUGAUGUGUUAUGGACUGUAAGCCAGCUCGGAGGAGGAGAAGCAGGAAGAAGGCAGGUUGCCCACUUUGACCAUCUUGCAUUGGGGACCAGUAUUGACGUGUUACGACUCUGUAAGUGUUGCUAAAUGGCCAAUGAUUGAUUGUGUUAACCAAAGGGAAGCAGUUGAGGGACACUGCUAGGAUUAUUAAGGUUAAGGUUAGUAUGAAUUGGGUCAGACAGCAGAGCUAAUCCCACCUAGCACCAAUGUAGUUAAAUGCUAAACGGUCUACGGAGGACUCUAGAUUUGCAUCACCAGCUGUUCCUACUCAUAUUCUUGCAUCACAAAAUAGCGAUCCUGUCAGCCUGCGAGCUUGACAGCGGCGGGGACACAUUUUUCACAUUUGAAUCCGUCCAAUUAUCAUCAACAGACAGCGGCGUGGCAAAGAUGACUGCAUUUUUUUGAUUGUGUUAAAAAAGAGCCUUCAAAAUGGGACAGCCUCGUCGCGCCACUAUGAUGCAUUCGGUCUUCAAAUGCAGCCUUCAAAGGAUGCGGCCUGUGAUUUGAGACACAGUUAAUGUGGUAUUAAUCUUCUCAUCAAAGUCUUGGCAUGAAAGGGAAAAGCAACAUUUCCUAAAAUGUCAAACAGUCCCUUUAAAGCAACGGAAUAAGCCUGUUAUCGUAUACUAAGUAGACAGAUGGAUGAUGUAUUGGCCAACAACACAACGGAGUCCACAUGUUGACACUUCUUACUCAUAAAACUUUCGCCUCGAAACAAACUCUAUGAUCCUUCUGUAAAAUUGAGAUUCAUCUGAACAUAUUUAUUCAGGCUAUCAUGGCAAUAAUAAAUAGAAAUACAUAUGUUUCAUAACACUACAAUUACACUGAGUUGAAGUUGACAUGAUGCUGGUCACACAGUUUUAUUAAACGUGAAGCAGAGAUCUGCACGAGGGAAGGUACACGCUUGAAAGUCUUUUUCUCAAAAUGAAAAUAAUACUGUAUGUCUCUGCAAUUUGCAGAUACAGUCGGAGUUAGUUGGUGAAACAUGCGGAAAUUAUAUACACAAUGAAAACACAGUUUCACAAAACCUGGCGCAGCAUUAAAUUAAAAGAAAGAAACAAGAUGAAAAAAAAAA